AUGUCCCCAGGAAGUGGGACUAGGAAGCAGUCUCCGUGGGGCCCCGGGCAUAUUUUCAUCGAGCAGACAAAGGAAAACAUUCACCAGGGAAACUCUAGAGUCGUGUCGAGUCAUGCUCGGAAAUUUCAACUUGCUGGGAAACGUCGGCAGCAGCGAGUCUCGGCGAUGGAGCGUGCUGCACAUGCCAGGAGUCUAGUUGGAUGGCAAUCUCAGUCUGUCAGUCCCAAAAACGUACGCGAAGAGACAACUUCUGCGCAAUCAAAGACUACAGAGGAUGUGACCGAUCCUGCGGUGUCAUUGAUAAACGCCUCGAUCAAUAUCGGCCUCCGUGCAGACCCGUUCAAUUCAUUUCCCUCCUCGAAUUCAAAGUCGGUCAUGGACAUGGUGGAUUAUCAUAUACACGUCUGGUCACCCCACAAAGCCGGAAACUUCGACGAUAUGAUGGGGUACAACACGCAGCUCGAUCUUUGCUGGCCACUUGCGCUCCAAGACGAAAUGCUAUUCGACGCGACGUUGGCGGUGAGCAGAGCUGCCUGUGUCUUGUCACAGCACAAAGAGCCGUCUGAGGACGGAUUGAUGCUGUACCACAGGGGCUUAGCAAUGACGGCGUUGCGAAAACGAGUGUCUUUGAAAACGCAAAAGUCUCUCGAAGCUCUCAUUUUUUGUAUUGGAAGAAUGAUUAGCAUAGCGUACAUGUCAAGCGAACCCGAAGCCUUCAUAGCCCAUUUUGAGGCUUUCCGGACUGUGGCUGCUCGCUAUAUUGACGCGCAUCCAGACACCGACACGUCGCUUACCAUUCAAAAUCGACUCGAUAGCUGGACGGCUUUACAUGCCUACCGGACCUGCCGCAACCUCCUAGGUGAGUCGGACGCAACAGCAUCUGGAUUAAUUCAAGAAUUACCGCGUCAAAGUCCUCCUGAUCAGCAAGGACAUCAACCAUUACGCUCUGUCCUGCCCACGCUUCUCCUCUCUCCACCCCUAGAUUCUGUACUAUGUUCCCUGAAUACCAUUUCCCUGACAUAUCAACCGUUUCCGGAUCCACACCUCGUCUCCGGCUUAUCAACCUACAUUUCCCAACUUGUUCAAAUCCUCACCUCGACAGCCAUAACGCCGAUCGAAUUACAGUUCGCGUCCGGCCUUCUCGCGUACUGUCUACAGCUAUACCGUGUCUCGCAGUGGCGGCAAGGUGCUGUGGCGGGAUUCGCAGAAGCCAGUGCCCAAGCCGCGCUGCCCAGACUGUCCGAGCUCGGCGAUACGUUCCUCUACCAGAAACUAAGCGGGUUCUCCACUUCCGCGGGGGCCACGAGCUGUCUGACCUGGUCGGCGCUCGUUCUGGGCAGUUUCCUCUCCGGGCACUCCGACUACCACCUCCGGGGCAAGGGGCACAUCAUCCUCGUCAGUCUGGGUAUGCGACUGAACUUGAACACCUCACACGACCCCCCGGACGACGACGGUGACUUCUACGGCUGGAGCCGGGUCGCGUCGGAGCUUGAAGGGGCCAUGUCUGGGUUGUGGCAUCCCGGCCUCAUCCAGCGGUGGCGAGAUGACUGGGUUGGUUCCAUGCGACGGCAGCACGAAUGGGAGACGCAUGGAUUGUUGAGAAUUGGUGUCCCCAGGGCAGUGCAGGUCAAGUGGGAGCGGGCGGGUAGUAGGAGCAGUAGUAGUCGUCGUCGUAGUCAGGAGCGGAGUGGAAAGGGUGUCAGGACUACCACGCCCGGGGUACACGAUACCGACAGCCCCGACGUGGAUGUCAUUGAGUAUCUCGUCCUGAGGGAUGCGAGGGAUUCAUUGCCCAGGAUAUGA